GCAAAUACAGCAGCCAAUGUAAUCCGUCAUGAAGCAGAAGCGAAUAUAAGGCGAAUACGUCAUGCACCGCGAUGGAUGCGAGUUCUGAGGACAAUGUAUCAUGAAUACGGUCUCAAGCAUAUUCUAUUAAUCACUAUUCUCAUCAUUUAUCAAUUUAUUGGUGCAGCGAUAUUCUACCUUUGUGAGACAACUCACGAUGAGUCACUUGAGACGUUUUGGAGGGAAAAUGUAAAGCAGAAUCGAACGCGCUUAGUAGAUGUCAUCGUGUCAUCCAUGUUCAAUAACAGCGAAUAUUUAUUCUUCCUUACUGCCAAUCAAACGAGACAGAUCAGAAGACGCCUUGAUCAAGAGCUAAGUUUAUAUGAAACAAAUCUCGGGAUCAAAUAUACAGACCAAAAAAUCCGGUGGGAUUUCUGGAAUGCUAUGUUAUACGCUCAG